AUGUCUCGAGAUGAUAAGCUCAAGGUCGUCGCUUCCUCUGCCUUAAGCAACCUCUUCUCUACGCACAAAGUGCACACACCGAUAUCUGCUUUUGACCUGCUCACGCGCAUCAUUGCCUCUGGUCCUCCCCCAGCAGGUCUUCUCCCAGGUCCAGAAAUUCCGCCCUCAUUUCGGCUCACGGACCUCUCCCGCUUCGAAGCCAUCCUUGAAGGUUUCGCUGAAGAAUGGAAUUUUGGGCUCGUCGAAGUGUCGCGCGAAGAACGCGACGGCGGGCUUACUGUCAUGGACGUGCAGCUCGGCGAAGCAGGACAGCAACAAGCAAGGGCGGUUGCACAAAGCAGGAAGCGUAAACGAGUAGUGGACGAAGAUGCAGACUCAGCUGCUGGCGAUUCUGAGGAAGAUGAAGAACAGCCGAGGAAUAUAAAACCUGCGCCAAGCACCCUUGCCAGUCUCAGCAGAGACAUGCGGGAAAUCUACAACAUAUUGCAGCAGAGUACCGCGAAGGGGCGUCUACUUGCCGAACAGUUCCACACCGUGAACGGAAGCUUCGAGCCCAUCUGCUCACACAUAACCAAGGAUGAGUGUGCCAAGUCACGGCGUCUCUCCUCGCAGUCUAGCGCGAAUGGCCUUGCAACUAUCUGUGACCGCAUCCACUUCCGCCCGCUCCUCCGCCCCCAUACUGAUCCUACGCUUGGUCACUGCUCCUACUUGAAUACGUGUUACUCCGAACCUACAUACGCGCAGUCACCCUCUAUUCCACCUCUUCCGUCGCAUCGCGCCGUGGGAUAUGGCGCCCAGGGAGGGGGUGCUGUUAGCCUCCCUAGUGGGCUGGGAGCAGGCGGACGUGGUAAGGAGAAGGCUCCCUGUCGAUAUCUCCACUUCGAAGUGGACUGGGAUACCAGCGACGGUGCGGCUUACGUGGAGAAACGCACCGAGGUAAAGAGGACACCGUUCAAAUUGGGCAUUGGGCUUGGUCCGACUGGGAAGGAGGGAAAGCUCCCACCGCAGUGGCUUAACUGUGAUUUACGCAGAUUCGACUACUCUGUCCUGGGCAAAUUCCAUGUAAUCAUGGCCGAUCCACCAUGGGAUAUACACAUGAGCCUGCCAUAUGGCACCAUGACCGACGAUGAGAUGCGCGCAAUGCCCAUCCCAGCUCUUCAAGACGAAGGCCUACUUUUUCUGUGGGUCACUGGCCGUGCGAUGGAGGUUGGGCGAGAAUGCCUACGUGUAUGGGGCUAUACCCGUGUCGAUGAAGUCGUAUGGGUCAAGACCAACCAGCUCCAGCGGGUUAUCCGCACAGGACGCACAGGCCAUUGGCUGAAUCACACGAAGGAGCACAUGCUUGUCGGCGUUAAGACCGUGACAGACGCGGACGGAAAGCUGAAGUUCCCUUCAUGGGCCAACCGCGGACUCGACACGGACGUUAUUGUCUCCGAAGUGCGCGAGACGAGUCGCAAGCCAGAUGAGGUAUACGGGAUGAUCGAGCGCAUGUGUCCAGGAGGAAGAAAGAUUGAGAUUUUCGGCCGGAAGCACAAUACGAGGCCUGGUUGGUUGACGCUCGGGAACCAGUUGGGAACCGACCAGAUCUAUGAGGAGGACCUUGCUGCACGGAUUAAAGCACGGUAUCCGGAACGGGUGAUCAAUGCAUCACAGGCUGGUGGAACAUAG